UGGACCCCAUUUUGCUCCCUUUUGCCACCCUUGGGUUGGGGAUGCCCAAAAGCUGGGGAGUUUCAUCUGGGACACGGGGCUCAGGUAUGAAGCGGCCACUGAGCCCAUUUCCCCCAAGUGAGAAGGAGCUGCCCACAUCUGGAGCUACUGAGUGCCCACCUCGGCCCCCAGAACUGCCUAAGCCCAAGCGGGAAAGAAAACGGCCGUCUUACACGCUCUGUGAUGUCUGCAACAUCCAGCUGAAUUCGGCUGCCCAGGCCCAGGUGCACUGCGGGGGGCGCGCCCACCAGAGGCGGCUGCGGCAGCUCAGCUUGGGAAAGACCCCGGCCGGGCCAGGCCCGGCCUCCAGCGCCCCCAGCCCCCUGCUGGCCUCCCUGCCCCUGCCUGCCAGGCCUCUGCAGCCCCCGCUGGACUUCAAGCACUUGCUCGCCUUCCACUUCAAUGGCGCCAGCCCGCUCAGUCUCACCCCCAACUUCAGCACGAUGGACCCGAUCCAGAAAGCUGUCAUCAGCCACACGUUUGGGGUCCCCUCCCCUCUGAAGAAGAAGCUCUUCAUUUCCUGUAACAUCUGUCACCUGAGGUUCAACUCAGCGAACCAAGCUGAAGCACAUUACAAAGGCCACAAACAUGCCAGAAAACUCAAGGCUGUUGAAGCUGCCAAGAGCAAGCAGAGGCCACAAACCCUGGCCCAGGAUGGGGUGCUAGUGUCCCCAACCCCGACUCCCGCCAGUGGGUCCCCUGGAGAGUCGCAGAGCAAAGCUGUUCCUGCAGCCCCACCUCCUGGCCCCCAACUCCAGCCACCACUGACUCCUGACCCCACGCCGACAGAGCCGGCUCACUCAGAUCUCUUGGAUGCUGCCUCCUCUUCCUCCUCUUCCUCCUGCCCACCCUGCUCCCCAGAGCCUGGGAGAGAGGAGCCAGGGCCCGAGCCGGCGGCAGCUGCUGUGGGAAGCGGAGUGAGUGGGGAGGGCAGGGGCGAGAAGGGGCGCCUCUACUGCCCCACGUGCAAGGUGACAGUGAACUCCGCCUCCCAGCUUCAGGCUCACAACACAGGAGCCAAGCACCGGUGGAUGGUGGAAGGUCAGCGAGGUGCUCCUCGAAGGGGCCGGGGCCGCCCUGUGCCCCGGGGAGGUGGACACAAGGCCAAAAAAGUGGCAGGGGGCCAGGGCGGCCGACAGGGGCCCAGCCCCCCCUUUCACUGUGCCCUGUGUCAGCUCCAGGUCAAUUCAGAGACCCAACUCAAGCAGCACCUGAGCAGCAGGAGGCACAAAGACCGCCUGGCUGGGAAGCCCCCCAAGCCAUCCAGCCAGCACAGUAAGCUGCAGAAGCAUGCAGCCUUGGCUGUGAGCAUCCUCAAGUCAAAACUGGCCUUGCAGAAGCAACUCACCAAGACACUUGCGGCCCGCUUCCUGCCCAGCCCGAUCCCCGCCGCUGCCGCAGCCAUCUGUGCUCUGCCAGGGCCCCUGGCCCUCCGCCCUGCCCCCACAGCAGCCACCACCCUCUUCCCAGCUCCCAUCCUGGGCCCGGCUCUGUUUCGCACCCCAGCAGGAGCCGUCCGCCCUGCCACGGGGCCCAUCGUCUUUGCCCCCUACUAGGCUUCCUGGGGAGGCAGGGCUUGGCGCCCAGCAGUCACUGUCCUUGCCUCGUCUUCGUGAGAUGCCUCAGUGCUCUCCGUUACCCAGGAGACUGCCAUUUACAGCCUAGAGCUUCCUGCCCGGUCUAGGAAGAGCUGGGCUAGUUUUAAGGGCAGCUGCCCUUUGCCCAGUCUGGACUAAGGAUUCAACUACAACCCUCCUGGCCCAGGACCUUCCACCCCCCUUUCCCCAGCCUCCUCAGGCCAGCGCUGGGCUUCCCUGCAUUGCCCAGCCUGAUUUACUGGGAGCAAACUGAGAAGUCCCAAAGAUCUAUGCAAAAUCCUAGCCCCAGCCCCAUGGUGCUCUCAGUUCCCCAACUCGAGACCUAGAACCCCAUGGCCAGAGGCCCUAGUAAUCUUGACUUUGAGCCCGGGAAGAAGUUUAGAGAAGCAGCCCUCUCCAUUCACUGGAUUCUCUGGAGAAUCACUGGAAGUGGCAGAUGGGGUCUCAAGCUGGACAGGGUUCAAGGUGAUCUGGACAAGGUGACCCUGGAGGAGUGAAAGAAGACUUUGUGGGGAGCAAAGCCAAGGUGGGGCUGGGGCUGAAAGAUCUUGGGGUUCCUCUGCUGUGAUCAGACAGGGCUGGGAGAGGGGAGGGAAGGGUGAUUUUCUGGUGGGGCCCAGUUUUAGGAAGUCAUCAACCCCACACAGCUCUCUCCUCAGCCUUUCAUUGAUUGCUCCUGAACCCCAGCUGGGGG